AUUUUUGUCAAUAUAUAUGUAUUCAAGUUGCCUUAGUAACGAUUAACAGGACAUUCGAAUUUGUUGCAAGUUUAUUUGCAACGCUCAGAUAUAUAUUUUUCACAUGAGCAGCAGGUGCAGCAUAAAGGGAAUUAACAGUUAGCCGGCCUGCAUCAUGUAUAGCCGUAAGCUGGAGCAGAUGCAUCGUCCGUCCUCGGACAUUACGAAAUACGACGAUGAGCCAUAUUUGAAGAACGCGCUGCUCACCUUUCGACUUUCCGAAGUGCACGAGAGACGCCACUUUGUGUUCCUCAAGCAACGGGCGGCGGACAUCAAAGUGAAGAUUUCGAAAAAACCUUGGAUACCAGAGCCCGAUAUGCGACCGCUACCACAGGUGCACUACAUCGACAAUUUACGGCGCGAGGUGCGUAAAAUUGCUGUGCCGCGCAUGCUCCGCAAAACGGAAGCCAAGAUCUUAAGCUUCGCACAGGAGCGACUGAAAAUCAAGUAUCCAGAACUGGUUAAGGCGUACAUGGCUGAUGUGCACGGAGAAUACGAUCGGCUAAUGAAAAUCUAUAGCAUGAAGAAUAUAUUGCAGCAUCCCGAAUUUUCUGACGAAGAUCCAACCAAGUUUGAUUUACCUCAUGCCGAUUUUCUUUCCAGUCUACCAGGACGCUCAGCAAAUUAUAAAGUCUAUCUGGAGAAUCGUCGCAAGAUCGCACAGAAGUUGCUUAUCCUGCAGCCUCCGAUGCGCGUUAUACUCAGCAUCUCCAUAUCGGAUCUGCCGACAUUUGCGUGCAAUUUUCAAUAUAUUAGCAGCAUGGGCGCCCAGCAGCAGCAGCUGGGUCUCUGUGGCAAAGAGGCGCUCUCUUCCAAGUUCUAUCGGAAGUAUAUACAGAAUCAGCUGGACAAGGUAAACACAUUUUUACGCUGGAAUUGGUAUGUCCGAUUGGUGGCUGUUCUGAAGCGAAUGCUGCGCAAACGUGUGAUGCCAUUGAACGUGUGGAAGCGAGCGUGGGGCGGCUUGGAAGGUCUGAUGAACCGUGAGUUAAACCAAAUGAAAAUGCGCACCUUUGAGGAACUCUAUCGCAUCUGUAGUAGUCCACAUACUAUGCCCGUCUUUCGCUUAUCCUUGGUUUGGAACGAUUUAUCAGAUGGUCUGGACUUAAGGCCUAGUAUAGCCAAUCUUCAGUCCAUGUUUGGUGAGAUUAUCACCGAAAUCUCAAUGGUGGGCUAUCGCAUGGAAGCCCUUCAGCCGCAGGUGGACACAUUGACUACCUUUGCACAGGUGAACGACUAUCUUAAAAUUGAGAUGAAUGAUAACUAUGUAAAGGAGGUAAUCAAGAAGGCACAACAUAUCGUUUAUUGCACUUACACUGAAAUAAGUGAUUAUGUGGAUGGCUUUAGGGAGAAAUACAAAGGUCUAUACUCUGACGAGGUGCGCUUGGAGCUUGCCAAAUUUCUGGAGGAGCCGCACAAAUUUGAAGAAUACUUUGCUCGUAUCGAAGCCUAUUAUGAAUAUAUAAAUAUGCUACGCAGUGAACCGGCGACGGAUUUUUUCGAAAUUGCGGUCAUUGACAUCGAACCCGUAAUCCAAGCACUGCGCUCUCUGGCCGAGAGUCUUAUCUCACACAUCACAGCAAUUAUAAUAAGCGAACAUAUUCGGGCGGAGGAAGAAAUCUGUGUGGAGUUCGAGAAGAUCAAGGAGAAUGCUUUGCUGAUACCCAAAUCCACAGAGGAGCUGCUCGAGAGCGCGGAAUAUAUGAUCUACGUGAAGAUGCAGAAGCUGACUGAGCUUACGGAUCGUAUUCAAUAUUGCUUGCAAGUGGGCACCAACAUUGUGGAGCUUACCCAGAUGUCCAAAUAUCACUUCGAUUUGACCAUUAAGACGAUCAACUGGAUCAAGGACAUUAACGAGAUCUGUGAUUAUAAUGCAUCACAGCAGGAGCAAUACAAGUUUUUAUUUGAGGAGCAUCUGCAGGAGGUCGUCAAGAAGCUAAACGUCGAUAUUUUGGAAAUGGUGCCCAAAUUAGGGAUUAUCGAUGAUAUGAGCAGACCGGACAAGUUUCGUGAGUCCUAUAUCAUACUCCAAAACUUUAUAGAUCAGCUCAAAACCUUUGAUGACUAUGUGGCCUGGAUCAACAAGGAGGAGAAGCUCUUCAAAGUCAAUCAAACUGAAUAUCCAACUCUAGAGGUUAUCAAGACCUUCGUCUAUCCCUUUGCAGAACUUAUGAAACUCUGCAUUGAAUGGCAGCGGUAUUUAAGCGUCUGGAUGGAUGGUCCUUUUGAAUACUUGGAACCAAAGUUUGUGGAGACUACGACUGAAGAUUAUCUAAAGGAGUUUCAAAAGAAUCAAAAAUAUUAUCGCAUUAAGAUCAAGCAGGAUAUGGUCGAGAAUCCAGUUUGCAAAUUUAAGGGCCAAACUGAGGAUCCCGAUCCGGAGAAACAUCCUGUACCCAUACGCCUUUGCGCCUCGAUGGUGAGGUCCAUCAAGGACUUCAGCAUUGGUGUUUUUGUUGUAAAUACUCUUUGUAAUCCGGCGCUCCGUAAGCGUCACUGGAAGGAAAUGUCGGAAAUUGCUGGCUUUGACAUUACGCCAGAUGCGGGAACGACGCUUCGUAAAAUCCUCAACUCCGGCUUGAACCCAAUACUCGAUCAGUUUGAAAUUAUCAGCAUUAGCGCCAAUAAGGAAUUACAACUGUGGAACAAUUUGCAAAUCAUGAUUAAGGAGUGGGAAAACAAGGUGUUCCCCGUCGGGCCGUACAAAGAGACCGGCGUUACAAUCCUGUCCAGCUUGGAUGACAUACAGGCUCUAUUGGACGAUCACAUACUUAAAACUUUGACCAUGCGUGGCUCAGCCUUCAUGAAGCCCUGCGAGGAAGAAGUUCGCGCUUGGUAUGAGAAAAUAAUGCGCGUUAAUGAGACGCUUGAUCAGUGGGGCAAGGUGCAGGUGAAUUUCCUUUAUCUCUUGCCCAUUUUCUCCUCAAAGGACAUUGUGGCCCAGAUGCCAGAGGAGGGUCGCCUCUUUGCCACAGUCGAACAGACCUAUACACGUAAUAUGGGCUUGGUGCUGAGGAAUCCUUUGGUUAUGGAAACGGCCCCGCUUUCUGGUCUACUGGAGUCAUUGCAGAAGGCCAACGAACUGUUGGAGGAUAUCUCCACAGGUGUUAGCAACUACUUGGAGAAGAAGCGAUUAUAUUUUCCACGUUUCUUUUUCCUGGCCAACGAUGAAAUGCUCGAAAUUCUAUCCGAGACAAAAGAUCCUUUGCGCGUUCAGCCACAUUUAAGCAAAUGCUUCGAGGGCAUCAAUAUACUGGAAUUCGAUGCAGCUAAAAAUGUUUUAGCCAUGCUCAGUAGCGACAAGGAGCACAUUAUGUUCAUAGAGCAGAUCUCAACGGCUGCAGCCGGAGGGAGUGUGGAGAAGUGGCUCGUCUGUGUGGAGGAGGAGAUGCUAAAGGCCGUGCGCUACCAAUCGGAGCUCUCCUUUAAUCACUAUCCCACUUUGAAGCGUAAUGACUGGGUGCUGGAGUGGCCACAGAUGGUCGUCCUGGCUGUCUCCCAGGUAUACUGGGCCUCCAAGAUGCACAGCUGCCUCCGUCGCAGCUAUGGCGGCAACCAGGCCGUAAUGAAUCAAUACUUCCAAGAACUAACUAAGGAGCUGAAUGAUAUUGUUACGCUAGUGCGUUCGCCCGUUAUCAGCAAUCUGAAUCGUAUUACCAUUAAGUCCUUAAUUGUCAUUGAUGUGCAUGCCAAGGAUGUCACCGAGGACCUGAUACGACUUAAGAUCAGCAGCGAAUAUGACUUCCAGUGGCUGGCCCAGAUGCGCUACUACUGGGAGGACUCGACGAUGCUGGUGCGCAUUAUCAAUGCAACGGUUCCCUUUGCCAAUGAGUACUUGGGCAACUCGGAUCGUCUGGUCAUAACCCCGCUCACCGAUCGCUGCUAUCGCACCUUGGUGGGCGCCUACCAACUGCAUUUGAAUGGCGCUCCCGAAGGACCCGCUGGCACUGGCAAAACGGAGACAACAAAAGACUUGGCCAAGGCUCUGGCUGUGCAGUGUAAAGUGUUUAACUGCUCCGAUGGCUUGGACUACAAGGCCAUGGGCAAGUUCUUUAAGGGCUUAGCCUCCUGUGGUGCUUGGGCUUGUUUUGAUGAGUUCAAUCGUAUCGAACUGGAGGUGCUCUCGGUCGUUGCACAGCAGAUUUUGCUCAUCAUUCAGGCAGUGCGUGCAAAUGCGACCAAAUUCAUGUUUGAAGGCACGGAAUUGAUCUUAAAUCCCGCCUGCUAUGUCUGCAUCACAAUGAAUCCCGGUUAUGCGGGUCGGUCCGAGCUGCCGGACAAUUUGAAGGUACUUUUCCGUUCGGUUGCCAUGAUGGUGCCCGAUUAUGCCAUGAUUGGUGAGAUAUCAUUGUACUCCUAUGGCUUUGUGGAUGCACGCAAGCUGGCCGUAAAGAUCGUGACCACUUAUCGCCUCUGCUCGGAGCAGCUGUCCAGUCAGAAUCAUUACGAUUAUGGCAUGAGAGCCGUGAAAACUGUGCUCUCUGCCUGCGGUAACAUAAAGAAACAAUUCCCGAAUGAGGUCGAGGAUAUACUGCUGCUGCGCAGCUUGAUAGAUGUGAAUUUGCCGAAAUUUUUGUCCUUUGAUGUGCCGCUCUUCGAGGGCAUCAUUUCGGACAUCUUUCCCGGUAUUAAGCUGCCUCACAUUGACUACUCGCUCAUGGAGAAGGAGUUCAUACGCGUCUGCGAGGAGGAGAUCUUGGAGCCGGCGCCCAGUUUUCUUCUCAAAGUCAUUCAAACCUACGAGAUGAUCAUUGUGCGCCAUGGUUUCAUGCUUGUGGGUGAGCCACUGGCGGGCAAAUCGAAGACGCUGCAGGUGCUGGCCAAAGUACUCUCGGCGCUCAAGAUAAAGGCUCCAUCCAAGAGCCCCUACUUCCAGCACGUCCUGAUGGGCAUUAUGAAUCCGAAGUCUAUAACUAUGAAUCAGCUGUAUGGCUCCUUUGAUCCCAUAUCUUAUGAAUGGACUGAUGGACUGGUGGCAAAAAUCUUCCGAGACUUCGCAAUGACUCCCACGCCAGAUAGAAAAUGGGUUAUCUUCGAUGGUCCCGUUGACGCUGUUUGGAUUGAGAACAUGAACACUGUGCUGGAUGACAACAAGAAGUUGUGCCUGACCAGCGGUGAGGUGAUCACGAUGUCCAACGAAAUGUCCAUGGUAUUUGAGGUAAUGGAUCUGGCCCAAGCCUCGCCAGCCACGGUUUCAAGAUGUGGCAUGAUCUACAUGGAGGCAUCGACUUUAGGCUGGCGCUCCUUCGCGAAUACGUGGCUCAAGAAAGCCGAUCCACGCUGGGCGGACAAGGAAAAUACGAAGUACAUGUUGGAAAUGCUGUCGUGGCUGUUGAUGCCGUGCAUGACCUUCGUAAGACGCUUCUGCAGUCAGUUCGUCAAGCCAGGCGAGUUUAAUUGCAUGCUAACCACAUUUGAUUUGAUUGAUAUGCAACUCGACGAGGCCAUCGAGGAAAAUCCGGAUGACUAUGACAAGUAUAUAGAGAGCUAUAUACAAGCUGCGAUCCUUUAUGCCCUGGUCUGGGGCAUUGGCGGUGUACUAGAUAUCAAUUCCCGAGAGAAAUUCGAUGCGUAUCUAAGAAAGCUAUACGAAAAGGAGCCCGCGGCAUUGGGCAAAAUGGAGAUAACCCCUCCCAUAGACGGCCUCAUUGUGGACUAUGUUUUUGUGUUUAAGCAACGUGGCAAUUGGCGGUAUUUCCCCGAGAUGGCCAAACGCAUGGACAUUGAGGAGACGAAGAUAGGUGUCAUUGUGCCCACUGUGGACACAGCUCGUUAUUUACACCUGCUCAAGCUGCAUGUGCAGCACAAGAAGCGAAUGCUGCUCGUCGGACCCACUGGGACGGGCAAAAGUGUUUACAUACAAAACUAUCUGAUGAAUAAGCUGAAUCCCGACCUCUACGAAACGGGCUUCAUUACAUUCACAGUCAUGAUUAGUGCCAAUCAGACGCAGGAACAGAUCAUAGCCAAGCUGCAAAAGUGGAAACGCGGCAUCUAUGGCCCGCCCAAAGGUAUGGAGAGCGUUCUCUUCGUGGACGAUAUGAAUAUGCCAGUGAAGGAGGUUUAUGGCGCUCAGCCACCGUUGGAGUUGCUACGUCAGUUCUUUGACUAUGGCCAUGUCUAUGAUCUGAAGGAUAGCUCCAAGAUCUACAUGCAUAAUGUAUUGAUAAUGACAGCCUGCGGCCUACCUGGUGGCAGUCGCCAGGAUGUCUACCCACGCUUCCUGAACCACUUCAAUGUCUUUUCGAUCAAUACGUUCAGCGACGACACCAUGUUUCGCAUCUUUCUCAAUGUGGCUUUAUGUGGCUUUCGACGCACCGGCCAUGGACAGGAUGUGUUCGUACUCACAAAUCAAAUAAUCAGCGCCACUCAGAGCAUUUACAAGAGCGUGCAAUCGGAGAUACGUGCCACGCCCGCCAAAUCCCAUUAUAUAUUCAAUUUGCGAGAUAUUUCACGAGUUGUCACUGGCUGCACGCUGGUGCGCAAGGAGUCUGUGAAUGAUAAGAAAAUGCUGAUUAGGGUCUGGUAUCAUGAGGCGAUGCGCGUCUUCUUCGAUCGCCUUGUCGACGAAGUCGAUCGCAACUGGAUGUUCGACAAGCUCAACGAGUGCCUGAAGGCUAACUUCAGGGAAAAAGUGGAGACAGUCUUUGAAAAGUAUUGUACGGAUGAUCAACCAGAGUUUACAAUGGAGAAAGCCAAUACAGUUCUGUUCGGUAUGUAUUUCGACGAGGACAGUGAGCCGGAUGAAAGACGCUAUGAGGAAGUGCCCAGCAUGGAUGUAUUUUACAAGAUAUCCGCAGCCAGCCUGGAGGAUUACAACUCGACACGUAGAUCCAAGAUGGACGUCACCUUGUUUACUUUUGCCUUGCAGCACCUGAAUCGUAUCUGCCGCAUAAUUUCGAUACAGGGCGCGAGUGCCUUGCUGAUUGGGCUGGGCGGCUCGGGCAGGCAGUCGCUGACUAAACUGGCCACCAAUAUGGUGCAGACAUCGUUUUUCCAGCCCGAGAUAACGAAGAACUAUGGCGCCAACGAAUGGCACGAUGACAUAAAGGCCAUACUGAAGGAAGCGGGCGGCUUGAAUAAGCACACGACAUUUCUCAUCACAGAGAAUCAAAUUAAAAUGGAGCUCUUUCUGCAGGACAUUGACUGUUUGUUGAAUCAGGGCGAAGUACCGAACAUUUUUCCGAUCGACGAGAAGCAGGAGGUGAUCGAGAUGGCACGUCUGGCUGCGCAAGGAGGCAAUCGCAACAUCGAUGUCUCCGCCCUGCAGGUCUUCACCUUCUUUGUGAAUCGUUGCAAGCAGAAGCUGCACAUUGUGCUCAGCUUCUCACCCAUUGGCGAUGCGCUGCGAACGAGAGUUCGCUUGUAUCCGUCGCUGGUGAAUUGCUGCACCAUCGAUUGGUAUGAUAGCUGGCCCGAGGAAGCGCUGCAAAUGAUUGCCAAAAUGUCGCUGGUGGAUGUCAACGUGCCAUCGGAGGAAAUCAAAAUGGCUAUCAUGGAUACGUGCCAAUAUUUCCAUACCACGGCAGCGCGUGUCACGCGCGAAUUCUGUCAGAUGGCUGGACGACACAUCUAUCAGACCAACGCGUCCUUCAUCGAGCUCAUCAGAUCUUUCCAGACCCUGAUUGCACGUAAGCAGGACGAGACCAUGCAGGCUAAGAUGCGCUACAUUGGUGGCUUGGACACCUUGGCCUCAGCAGCUGCUGCGAUUUCCAUUAUGCAACGGGAUUUGGGUGCACUGCAGCCCAAGUUGGUGGCCUUGGCGGAGGCUUCGCGUAAAAUGAUGUUGGAAAUAAAUAAAGAGACCCUUGCUGCUAGCGCUGCCGCGGAGCAGGUGAAACAGGACGAGGAGGUAGCUUCCGUGCAGGCAGAAGCGGCACAGGUGCUCAAACGUGAAUGUGAAAAGGACUUGGCUAAAGCUAUACCCGUGCUGGAAGAUGCUUUGGCCGCCUUGAAUACCCUGAAACCAGCUGAUAUAACAUUGGUGAAGUCCAUGAAGAAUCCACCGCCAGUUAUCAAGCUUGUCAUGGCAGCAGUGUGUGUGAUGAAGGGUCUUCCAGCGGAGCGGAUACCAGAUCCAGCCACUGGCAAGAUGGUCAACGAUUUCUGGGGUCCUAGCAAGCGUAUCCUAGGCGACAUGAACUUUCUGCCUGCGCUCAAAGAUUUCGAUAAGGAUAAUAUACCCGUCGAGGUUAUGAAGCGUAUACGCAAAGAGUUCAUACCCAACAAGGACUUCCAGCCGGACAUUGUGGCCAAGGCAUCCAGCGCCGCCAAAGGCUUAUGCCAAUGGGUGAUUGCCAUGGAUCUGUAUGACAAUGUUGCCAAGGUGGUGGCACCUAAGAAAGCCAAACUUGCUGCGGCUGAGAAAGAGUAUGCGGACACCAUGGCCUUUCUGGCUGAGAAGCGCGCCAUGGCAGCUGCCCUGGAGGAGAAGGUGGCGUUGCUUAAUGUCGAACUGGACAAAGCAAACGCUGAGAUGCAAAACACAGAGCAGCAUGCAGAGAAUUGCCGAAAUAAACUGAUCCGAGCUGAAGCAUUGAUUGGCGGACUGGGCGGAGAGAAGUCGCGUUGGAGUAACGCCGCCGAUGAUCUUCAAGAUCUAUAUGAUCAUCUGCCAGGCGACGUGCUCAUCUCCUGUGGCAUCAUUGCCUACUUAUCUGCCGUUAAUCUGCAAUACCGUUCGACUUGUGUGCUCGAUUGGUUUAAGAAGUGUAAUGCACUGCAGAUACCCUGUUCGAAAAAGUAUUCGAUCACGGCUGUCCUUGGAUUGGAGGUCACCAUACAGAAUUGGCAGCUGGACGGACUGCCCAAUGAUGAGUUCUCCAGCGAGAAUGCCAUCAUAUCGGCCAACUCCAGCCGCUACAGCCUGUUCAUCGAUCCCCAAGGACAGGCGAACAAUUGGCUAAAGAACAUGGAGAGGAAAAAUCGACUGAAUUGUGUCAAGUUUAAUCAGAGCAACUACAUGAAGGUCAUUGCCGAAGCCUUGGAAUUGGGCUCGCCGGUGAUCAUUGAGAAUGUGCAAGAGGAGCUGGAGGUGCCACUAGAUCCAAUUUUGAUGAAGCAAACGUUCAUUCAGGGCGGCAUUAAGUACAUUAGCUUGGGUGAGAAUGUGGUGCCGGUGUCUCCAAACUUUCGUCUCUAUAUGACCUGCAAUUUGCGUAAUCCUCACUUUCUACCUGAGACUUUCAAUAAAGUAACUGUCAUCAAUUUCGCUUUGACGCAAAAUGCUUUAAUGGAUCAACUGCUCAGCAUUGUGGUGGCCAAGGAGCGACCCGAUCUGCAAGAACUGCGCAUCAUGCUCACUACCGAGGCAGCCGCCAACAAGGGAGCCCUGCGCGAUGCCGAGAAUAUGAUUUUAAAGACACUGACGAGCAGCGAGGGCGACAUUUUGGAGAACGAGGCAGCCAUCGUUAUAUUGGCCGAUUCGAAAACCCUGUCGAAGGACAUCACCGAGAAGCAGGAAGCCGCCAAGGAGACGUCUGCAAAAAUCGAGGCAUUCCGCAUGAAUUAUAAGCCCGUUGCCGUACACUCCUCCAUAUUGUACUACUCGAUCACCGAUUUACCCAAUAUAGAUCCGAUGUAUCAGUUUUCGCUCAACUGGUAUAUCAAUCUCUAUAUGUACUCCAUUGAGACGGCGAACAAGUCGAAGGAACUGCCGCGUCGCAUCAAGUUCCUGGUCGAUGGCUUCACCAAAAAUUUGUAUAACAACGUUUGUCGCUCCAUAUUUGAGAAGGACAAGCUACUCUUCUCGUUUAUACUGACAGCCAGAAUUUUAUUGGGCACAGGACAGGUGGAGAUGCGGCACUUAGCGCACCUGCUGACCAAUGCCAAGGAGUCGACCAAUAUACCACCAAAUCCAGAUCCUAGCUGGAUAACCGAUACAGUUUGGUUAAACGUGCUGCGGUUGGAGGAGCUGAAAGAGCUCAAGGGAAUCGUUGCAGCCUUCCGUGCCAAUCUACCAGCCUGGCAAGCGAUCUAUGAUCACACUUCACCCCAUCUGCAGGCGUUGCCUCAACCCUGGCAGGAUAAGACCACAGCCUUUGAGAAGAUCAUAGUGCUUAAGGCACUUCGUCCGGACUCUGUGUUCCUCGCCGUUCGGCUUUUCAUAGCGAAUACAAUUGGGGAUCAAUACGUGACGCCGCCUGAAUUUGACAUUUCCAAAUCGUAUGCGGAUUCGACGGCCUUGACGCCACUACUCUUCAUCUUGUCACCGGGUGCAGAUCCCCUGGGCUCUCUGCUGGCUUUCGCUGAAAAAAUGGGCCAGGAGGAGACGUUCCAAAGCAUUUCGCUAGGCCAGGGCCAGGGACCGAUUGCCACGGCUUUGAUUAAGAAUGCACAGGAUAUGGGUUACUGGGUAUGCCUACAGAAUUGUCAUCUGGCUGCAUCUUGGAUGCCCACACUAGAGUUCCUGUGGGAGAACAUGGAUACGUUUAACACGCAGGCAAACUUUCGCAUUUGGUUGACUGCCUAUCCGACUCCACAGUUCCCCGUAACGAUCCUUCAGAAUGGCGUGAAGAUGACAAAUGAACCGCCGACGGGUCUGAAAGAGAAUCUAACGCGCUCGUACAAUUCGGAGCCCAUUAAUGAUCCGGAGUUCUAUAUGGGCUGUGCUAAGCAGGAUCGAGCUUUUACGCGUCUGCUAUUCGGCAUUUGCUUCUUCCAUGCGGUUGUUCAGGAACGGCGUAAAUAUGGUCCAUUAGGUUGGAAUAUACCCUACGGAUUUAAUGAGUCCGACUUGCAAAUCUCAGUGCUGCAGCUAAGCAUGCUGCUCAAUCAAUACGAACACGUUCCUUACGACGCCAUCUCCUAUUUGACCAGCGAGUGCAACUACGGCGGACGCGUUACGGACAAUUGGGAUAGGCGUUGUAUCGUUACAAUACUCGCUGACUUCUGUAAUUCCCAAGUGGUCAAUGAUAAUCGCUUUCGCUUUGCUAAUGAUGAUCGGUAUAUCUUGCCACGUAAAACGGAGCAUCGGGAGAUUUUACGUUAUUUAGACGAGUCAGUUCCUUCGUUGGCCCCUCCGGAAGUUUAUGGCUUGCACGCUAACUCUGGCAUUACGCGUGAUUUGCAGACAACUAAAACGUUGUUGGAUUCGAUGAUCCUUCUGCUGGGCAGCGAGGCGGCGGGCAGCGCUGGCGGCGGGGUUAGUCCCGAGCAAAUGAUAUUAGAUACAAUUAAGCAAAUUGAAACUGAAAUGCCUCCAGACAUGGAUGUCGAGGCAGCGGGAGAGAAAUACCCGGUGAAUUACAAUGAGUCAAUGAAUACGGUUGUCGUUCAAGAGAUGGAACGUUUCCUAAAGUUGCAGAAAGAGAUUCGUGCCUCCUGCCGAGACUUAGCCAUGGCCAUUAAAGGUAUCAUUGUGAUGACUCCCGAUUUGGAAAACGUUAUGAUUGCCAUGAAAUUUAAUCGCAUACCCACGAAGUGGAUGGGUAAGUCCUAUCCCUGCCUUAAGCCACUCGGCUCCUAUGUGCAGGAUCUAUACAAGCGUCUCAAUUGGCUGCAUCAAUGGCAUCGUGUGGGCAAGCCACCUACCUUCUGGCUAUCCGGAUUCUUCUUCACCCAAGCCUUUCUAACGGGCGCAAUGCAAAAUUUUGCCAGAAAAUACAAAAUACCCAUUGAUACGCUCACCUUUGACUAUGAUGUGCUCAAAGUCGAAACGAAGAGCGUGCCACCGGAAGAUGGCAUCUUUUGCAAUGGAUUGUUUUUGGAGGGCGCUCGUUGGCAUUGGGAGCACAAUACGUUGGCCGAGCAAUUGCCGAAGAUUCUGAUGUAUGUGAUGCCCGCGAUAUAUUUUCGACCUAUAACCCUUUCGGAGGUUAACGAGGGGACGCGUUAUCGCUGUCCGCUAUACAAGACAGCUGAGCGCAGGGGUACGCUGUCCACCACUGGACAUUCGACAAACUAUGUGGUUCCUCUGCUACUAAACACUCAAAUGAAAGCUUCCCACUGGGUCAAGAGGAGCGUAGCCUUAAUUUGUCAAACCAACGACUGAAAAUACCUAAGAAUUUCAGAUAAAGUUGCACGCAGAUUAAAGAGAAAUCCGAAGAAUUGUCGGUGCUCUUAGUAUAAUAUAUAUAUU